ACGCUGGCUACGCCCCUCUGUUGUUUCGAGAAUAAAGUUGAUUGUAAAGUUAAGUGUCGCUUGGCUGCUUUAUUUCUGUAUUCGCUGUUUUAUUUGUGUAUGAGUGAUCAUGGGGAAGAUUGAGUGGGCGAUGUGGGCAAAUGAACAAGCUCUGGCUGCUGGGCUGAUUUAUCUGACGGGUGGUGUGGUCGGUGUGGCCGGUCAGUUCAGAGGAUGGCAGUUCGCAGCGUUCGGCAUUGCUGCAGGUGUGUUUGUGUGUUUACUGGAGUAUCCGCGCAGCAAACGGAGUAAAGGCACCAGUGUCGAGCGAACGGGUCAGUACUGCUUCACUGUGUGUGUGAAGGCUUUCGGCCCGCUGACCAGAAACUAUUACAUCAGAGCGUUUCUGCACGCUGCGCUGUGUGUUCCAGGAGGGUUCAUGUUGGCCACAGUUCUUGGGUGUGUAUGUCUAGGAAUCGCCAGUUUAAUCUACCUGUCGGCAGCGAUUCACAGUGAGCACUGGGAGCCCAUCCUGCCCCUAAAAGAUCCGCCAAAGCGUGUUGGAGAAAGCAUCAAAGAGCCGCCUCAGAACCCUCCACCACGGCCUCCAGCAGACCUGCGGCGUAAGAGAGCAGAGAACCUGGAGGCGGCCGUGUACGACAACCCCAUGACUGUCACCGUCAAUGAAUAAUCAUUACAUAUCACCGUUUAUGAGGUGACUGUCAUGCUGGAUUAGAGCUGGAAUUGACUAAAUGGAUUUUUAUCAAUCACUGUUUAUUUAAUAAUAUGUGUUGUGCUCCAGCCAGGUCUCCUAAGCAACCAAAUUGGCCCGGUUGCUAGGGAGGGUAGAGUCACAUGGGGUAAUGUCCUCGUGGUUGCAAUUAGUGGUUCUCGCUCUCAAUGGGGCGCGUGGCAAGUUGUGCAUGGAUCGCAGAUCCUCCACAUGCUGGGAGUCUCCGUGGUGUCAUGCAAAACGAGCCACGUGAUAAGAUGCGUGGAUUGACGGUCUCAGAAGCGGAGGCAACUAAGGGUACGUUUACAUGACAGCGAUGUACUAAAAACGGAAACGUUUUUCCUUUGCGUUUUUGAAAAGUUUCACGUACAGACGACAACGUUGUCAAAACGAUCCCUGUUCACACAGAUCCGCGAAAACGACUAAAAACGCUGUAUUAUGCAUGCCAGGCCAGUAGUUGCCGAUGUCACUUUGUAAAGAAACACUACGCGCCUGUGCACACAAGCAUUUUUCCACAGAGCGGUGAAUACAAACAAUGAAGAUGGCGAAAGCAUCGAGCAAUUUUGUCUGGAUGGACGAUGAGGUUGCUUUAUUACUACAAUUACUUUGCUGGAGAAGCGUCAAUAAACUCAAAAUCUUGAGCAGCACAAACACAGUCCUAUAGUCCGCCAUUGUAGUUUUGAAUGUCUCGCGUGCAUGCCUGUAGACUGAACUCUCAAGAUUAUUCAAUCAAUUCUGCUCAUUUCUGCCAUCACUUCAUCUCCUGCCUUCUUCUGUAUUCCCCCUGCUGACUCUUGGGCUGGUAGGAGAGUAAGUUAAAGAGCACCUAUUAUGGUUUUUCAAAUAUUACCUUUCACGUAGUGUGUUAUAUAGCUCUUUGUGAAUGUAAAAAAGUCUGCAAAGUUUCAAAAAUCAAAGUGUACGAAAUAUGGAGUUAUUGACACCCAAAAGAAAGAACCGAUUCUGAACACCUGAAACGAGUCGUUAGUAAUUCCAGACUUACUUCCUGUACUAACCUACGUAAUUUGGUAACAAAAAACCCGCCUCUGGUCUGUUUACAUGUACAGCCAGUGCACACUGUUAACCUGUUAGCUGUUUGCCUCUGCUAACCGGCUAACUCACGUUAUUGUCAAACUACAUAUAAACUUACCACUGAGAAACGUCCUGUUCUCGUCGUGCUUGCGAUGGUGGUUCGGGUUGAUGUAUCACUAUCGGACUUAGGCUCAAAUUGGUAAGGUAAAAUAUAAAUGUUUUCAGAUGGAGCUGAAACUCGGAUAUGGUAGUGGCCGUUUCCUUUCCGACAUGCGCUGUAAGCGGUAGACCAAUCACAACAGACUGGGACAUCUAAAAGGAGGAGUUUAGAAUGAAUCCUUUUGAACGGAUCAUUGAACAAGUCGUUUGAGACACUGGGAAAAAAAGGUAAUGCUGCAAUUUAAAUUAUGAGCAAAUUAAAAUGUUUUUUGACCUUGGAUGCUUGUAAAUCUAUUGUAUGAGACGUUUAAAACAAAAUUAGGCAUGUUUAAAAACCAUAAUAGGUGCACUUUAACAUAAGCUGUUGAUGUUGACUGGUUUUGGAUAUCAGACAGAACUCUGAUAUAUGGAUAUCUUCUGGAUGGAGAGAGAGAGAGAGGUCUUGUGUACACUGGAUCUAACAUGCAUUUUCACUGCCUCAUGUUUUCAUAUUCUAAGCAUAUCAUUGAAUACUGUACAUGGCAUCACAUCUCUGUCUAUAGGCUAUAUACAUAAGCGGUGGGUGAAUGAAUUGCAGGGUAAAGGUACAUCAAAUAAAAUUAAGUAAAUAAAUAAAUAACAUUUAAAAUACAAAUAAAAUUUUCCCAUCUGAAUCCAUACAUUAAUUUCAAGAUUUUCAAAUUGUAGGUUCUGCCUACUUUUACAAUGUUCACACUCCAUACAAAACACUCCAAAUGAAUAAAUUGUUGAUUAUUGUUAUUUACACAGACACAAGUAUUCAUAUUGAUAAUUAUACAUCUCAAAUUUAUGCCUAUCAAUCCAUCAUUCUUUAUAUAACACGUAAUACGCGUGCGCAUGACAUCAUCAUUUUCAAAAACUUGCACUUUAAAACCCGUUUCCAAAAGUUUGCGUUUUCAGGCCCCAAAACACAGUUGUCGUGUAAACGAACAGCCAAAACGCAUAAAAAGUUUUCCGUUUUUAGUUGAAAACGUUGUUGUGUAAACAGCCCCUGAGACUUGUCCUCCACCACCCAGAUUGAGGUGAGUAACCACGCCACCACGAGGACCUACUUAGUAGUGUGAAUUGGGCAUUCUGAAUUGGGAGAAAAAGGGGAUAAAAAAAUAAAAUAAAUUUUGUGCAUUGGGCAUUCCAAAUUGGGAAGAAAAUCCAAAAAAAUAAAAAUAAUAUGUGUUGUGUGUAAACAGUCUUUUUAUAUCUCAGUUACUUGUUUAACAAUGAAAGUUUCUUUACAUUUCCAUCAUAAUGUUCAGCUGUAUAGUGUGACACUGAUGGAGGAAACACUGUAUCAUUUUAUCCAUAAUGUAAUAAUUGUAUUGCGUACACCAUCAAUGCUUGCUUAAAGGAAAAUAUUAUUUUACUACUUGUUAUCAAUGUAACAGCCACAGGAAUUAUGUAUUUUUUCCUCUAUAGAGUGUAUAUAUAUUUGUCUUUUUGUACUUUCAAUAAAUUUAGGAUUCAUACAA